AUCUGGAAUGUUUUAGGACUCGGUGGCCAUUGAGGAUGUGGUUGUGACCUUCACCGUAGAAGAGUGGGCCUUACUGGAUUCUUCGCAAAAGAAACUUUACAGAAAUGUAAUGCGACAAACUUUCAAGAACCUGGCCUCAAUAGGGAAAAAAUGGGAUGAUCGUGAUAUUGAAGAACUGUAUAAAAACCAGGGGAGAAAACUAAGAAAUCAUAUGGCAAAGAGACUCUGUGAGACUAAAGAGGGUAGUCAAUGUGAAGACAACUUGAAUCUUAUUUCAGAAAAGACUUUGAACAAGAAGAGCACUGCAGUGAAACCACAUGAAUGCAGUACACGUGGAAAAGUCUUUACCCACCAUUCACUCCUUGAUAGGCACAGCAGAUGUCACAUUGGACACAAACCACACGACUAUGACAAAUACAGAGAGAAGCCUUAUGCAUUCAGGACAUGUAAUAAAACCAGUUAUCACCAUUUUUUUUAUAAACAAAAAAGAAAUCACAGUGUAGAGAAAUCUUACAAAUGUAAGGACUAUGGGGAAUCUUUUAGGCAUCACCAGUCUGUUCACAAACAUGAACAGAUUCACACUGGAGAGAAAUGGUAUCAGUGUAAACAAUGUGGAAGAAUCUUUAGCUCUCAUCAAGCCUUCCAAAAACAUAAACAAAUUCACACAGGAGAGAACCCCUAUGAAUGUAAACCAUGUGGUAAAGCUUUCAGUCGUUCCAGUUCUUAUCAAAGUCAUGGAAAACCUCAUGCUGGAGAGAAACCUUACGAAUGUAAGGAGUGUGGGAGAGCCUUCCGGUAUUACUCUACCUUUCUAUUACAUGAGAGAACUCAUACUGGAGAGAAACACUUUACAUGCAAGGAAUGUGGUAGAGGCUUUCGUCGUUACCGAACCUUGAAACACCACAUGAGACUGCACACUGGAAAGACACCCUAUGAAUGUAAACAAUGUGGUAAAGCCUUCAGAGGUUUGGUUUGGUUAGAGAAGCAUGAAAGAAAUCAUACUUGA